AUGCCGGCAAAAAAGAAAGGAGGGCGUGGAAAGACGCUUAAUAUUGUGGACUUCAAUGUUGACUACAUCCCGGAGGACAAUUUAGACUGGGCAGUUGUGGUGCCUCAGGAAAAAACGCAGGAGCAGGUGUUGGAAGAGAAACUUGCCAAGAGGGAUUACAGUCGUACAGCCAACAAUGUUCUAGUUGAAAGCGGUGGUUUCCGCGAGGCCCCAUCGGAGCAAGUCACACGGCGAAGGGGAAUAGAAGACCUGGAGCCACCAUAUGUAGCGCAUUUUGGAAACCUCCGCAACGGAACAACCGAGGAGGAGUUUCUGCGUAACUUUCACGAAGAUGUUGUUGUGACAUCACGGCUUAUUAAUCAGGAUGGUAAAAGUUUCGCAUUUGUAGAGUUUAAAACGCCUCAGGCCCUUCUUAUUGCCCUCGCGAUGGACCAAUCACUUGUUAAAGGGCGUAAGUUAUACGUAGAUUUAGCCACGCCCAAGCAGGUGGAACGGUUACGCGGCCAUAGUGGUGGACUUUCUCGCCAAAAUGCGGGACAACCCCAACAAAACCCUGCACUUCAGAACGUUAACUUAACUCGUGAUGCGUUUGGAUCUACGCAACCGAAUGAGAGGGAAAAGGAUUUGGGCAGCCGUUCCGGGUUUGGAAGCCGAAACGACUUGCAUGUACUAUCCGACCUCUCCCGUGAUACGCUAGGAACUGCUACACGACCAAAUGAAGGUCUGCUCAGUCCUGUUGGUCCACCGGAUUUUUCCAGUUGGCGCACGGAGGCCCCAACGGCCCAACCGGAGUUUCAACCGACGCUGCGGGAAAACCGCCGAAGUGAAACCGAUUUGGACCGUCGCCGUGGACGUGGUGGUGGUGGUGGUGGUGGAGUUAAGGGACAAAGUUUUGGAAGUCUUGCGAAUUGGCGCGAUGAACCGAUGGUGCAGGCACCUCCAAUGGUGACAGCAGCUGCUGGUGAGGGAAAUGCGCCACCUGAAGAAGGCGGUGCGGGUCGUAGGAAUCGCGGGCCCCCGAGGUCUUCCGCAGCACCGGCGGAACCCUGCAAGUGGGAGGAACUGCGGAGAUGA